CAAAAAGAGAAUAUUUAACUGGAUUUGACGCCCGUGCAUGUCAUCCACAAAUAGAAUUCUUACUAAGCAUUCAUCACGAAAAUUCCAGCAAGGAAAUUGGCUAUAAAUUUAGCAGUUGGUUUAUGAGAAAUAAAGUAGGAGAAAGCUGACAAUAGUAAAAGGAUAAAGAAAAAUGGCAGAGAAGAAAAACAGUGUGGAUGGGCUUAACCGAGGGCCUUGGCAACCUGAAGAAGAUAUGCUUUUGAAAGCAUACGUUGAAGCGAAUGGUGCAGGACGUUGGAGUACUCUUGCUGCAAAAGCCGGUUUAAAGAGAUGCGGGAAGAGUUGCAGGUUACGUUGGAUGAAUUAUCUUCGCCCAAAUGUGAAGCGAGGUCAUAUUACUGCAGAUGAAGAAGACCUUAUCAUAAGGCUUCACAAACUGCUUGGAAACAGGUGGUCGUUGAUUGCCGCCCGUGUACCAGGAAGAACAGAUAACGAUGUAAAGAACUUCUGGAAUAUUCAUCUGAGCAGGAAAUCUGGCCGCAAAGGUGUACACCUCAAGACCCUCAAAUCAAAGCUCAAAGAUACGCCUUUUUCCAAUACUAAUAGUAUUGGAGACUCCACCAAGGAUGAAAUGGAAUCAAAAUGUUUGACCAGCUACAAUUUUCAGCCUCAUAGGCUAAGCAUGCAAAGAGAUUCGAUCCUUGGUCCAGCAGAAACCAAAAUGUUACAAGAUCCAUGCAAUGGUGAAUCAGGUGGGCGAAAUCCUUGCCCAGAUGGUCAUGUUUUACAACAUGUCAUUGCACCAACAAAGUCCAAUCUCAACACAGCGUCUUACACUGUAUCUUCAACUGAGAAUGAUGAAUUACACAGUGCAGUAUAUAAAUUUUCAUCCCCAUUAACAACUCUGGUUCAGCAGAAUUCUCAUGGAUUCCUAAGUGAUAUUUCUGACAACAUGCAGGGAUUAACAUCCUCUGACCAAUAUCAUUCUCUCUCAGACUCAUUUGGAUUUGGUUUUGUCCCUGGCCUUGACCCCAAUUACAUAUUUGACAGUGAAAGCAGCUUUAUCAAUCUGCACCCUAACAGUCUCAAUUCUCAGUUGGAACAUGCAUGCAAUGGUGAACCAGAUGGGCGAAAUCCUUGCCCAGAUGAGUUCACCAAGCUAACAAAUGGUCUUGUUUUGCAACAUGUUAUUGCACCAACAAUGCCCAACUUCAACAAAGCUUCUUACAAUAUAUCUUCAGCUGAGAAUGAUGAAUUAUACAGUGCAGUGUAUAAAAUUUCAUCCCCAUUGACAACUCUGGAUCAGCAGAACUCUCAUGGAUUGCUAAGUGAUAUUUCUUAUAGCAUACAGGGCUUAACAACCUCUAACCAAUAUCAUUCACACUCAGAUGCAUCUGGGUUUGGCUUUGUCCCUGGAUUUGACUCCAAUUAUAUCUUUGACAGUGCAAGCAGCUUUACCAAUCUGCAGCCAAAUAACCUCAAUUUUUAGUUGGAUAUAGAGGAUGUGUGGCAAUAUGUUUCUGGUAUUCUGUGAUGUACAUUUUAAUAGGUUUUGUUCUUGUAUUGCCAUGGAGUAAACGGCUAGCUUCCCUAUGGCUUUUGUGUGCGCUUUCUUCCUGGGAUUCUUAUAAAGAUCCUCAGAUGUUUAUGGGCACAAGGUUGAGGUUCUUUUAAGAACAGGGUGUUCUUUGUGGCCAUUUAAUAAUAUCUUCUGUAAAUGAAAUAUUGAUAAAUAAAUAUUUUCUUUGUGACCAUUUGAUAUUACUAUCUUCUGUAAAAUUGGACAUCAA